CCCCAUGGUGUUGACAUCCCUGUUGUUCGACGGCGCCUUUGUACUAAAGUUUGUAGGGAGACCGCAAAAGAUUAAACUCAGUGUCUUCAUCGCAGUUGCUGCAGACAGGCGCACACGACAAGAAAGAGUUGUUGCGAAGGGCCUGCUGCCCAUGUGUGCGUACAUGAGGAGGUAUUGGAGCCUCUGUUUCAGCUUCGGCGCGCGUCUCUGGACCUCCUCAUAAAACUCCCGGGCUUUGCUGAAUGGAAUCAAUAAAUCAACUGCUGGCUGGUGUCUCGCUGUCUGUUUCCUCUCUCCUUACCUGACGAUGUUCCUGACAAUGGGGAAGGGCUGUCCCAUGUUCUUGGCGUCAAAAUAGCAAAUGGCGCGGACCAUGGCAACGGAGAACAUGCCUGCUCGUACAGGAACAAGAGCGGUCGUUGGAUGCGGCGCAUUACUCUGUCUUGUGCUUGAGAUCCGUACCUGACACCGAUCCUUCGUAUGGAAGCUCCAGUGCUGCCUCAUCGUGCCCCAGCCCCGCAGCCCAGAAUAUCUGUAUCUCUGGAGCCGUGGACAAGGUAGGCCCGAUUGAAGGACUGGAACAUGAGAAAAGAGACACGGAUAAAAGAUGCAGUGGACAAACACGGCUGCUCGCCUCACUUUGUGGCGACGUUCACAGGUCUGGGGACGAGGUCCAUCUCCCUCGGCCUCGUCGCAACUUCCUGGCCUCGCGAAUAAUCCACAAUAGGGCCGAGCCUCUCAAAGCCCUUGUGGAUGAGAUGUUGAGGUGAGACACCAGCCUUCGCUUUCGCUCGUGGCGCAUCCGUGAGUAUCACAGAAUUGAACGGUGAGUGGCCGCAGUCGAGAAGGACGGUCACGCGCGCCUUCUGCUUGAUAAGGCUGAGAACCUCGGCCAGAUCCUGGAAAGUGAUCACAUUGUAGCCUGCGACAGAGGCAGGAAAGGUAUAGCAGGAGACGCACAUAUUUCUACCCACCGCGGGACUGAUGACGAGUGCCCGGCGAGCCCCUGCUCUCAUCCCCCAGUCGUGAUGCCGCCGGUGACGCAGUACCGCCAUCCUUCCAUCCCGCUAGCUGCGCAUCCCUCCUGGUCAUGGGUGUGUCUCCUGCAUCCUCAAACUGCUGGUCCCAAUCGCACGGCAGCAGACACCCCUGCAGAGUCGCCGUUCCGCCAAUUUGUGGCGUGCGUGACGAGGCGGAGGCUGCCGCCGCAGCGCUGCGCACGGGCAGGAGAGCCCCGGCUCCCGCGAAUAUGAAGACAAUGUUCUCGUCUGGCUCUGCGCUGCGGGCGAACUCCGUGAGGGUGGCGAGGAUGUUGGUACGAGUGGCGAGCCGGCUCUUGAUGCCCUCAAGGGGAUUGAAGGACUCUGCACGACAUGUGAAUAGCAUGUGUGUGUCAUUUCUUGUAUCUGCUUCAGCUGUCAUUACCUGGCUCCUCGGCCUCCAUGACGUAGCUGUCUCCGAACAGGGGGCUCCGUUCCUCCUUCUUCCAGUUAGCAGCGGUGUCGAUGAGCGUCACCACCUCGCUUUGGACCCACCCGCAAGACAACAGGUAGUAUGACCACACGAUGGCGUCAACACAGGCCCCCCUCAGCUUCACACCGCCCCUCGAUCGUUGAUAGUUGCACCCGACGACGAGCGCCCUUCCUUUCUUCAUCCCUUUGGGCAGGCGGCUGGCCAUGCCCUGCAGGAGGGCUCGCUGGAAGGUGGCGUUAAUGUCGAUGCGGGCAGGUGACGGGCCGGGGGUGGUGUGCGCUUCAGCUGGAGACUCCUGAGAGAGAGCAUUCUGCAAGAAGAGGAGGAUGUACGUGAUACAAGGCGGCACUCUAUGGCAUUGUGUGUACCAGAGCAUCCUCGACCGCUGCCUCGUCUUCCUUGAGCUUCUCAAAAUCAGCCUCCGCCUCCGUCGAGCAAAGCUCCAUAUGUUGUGCGUUCUCGUGCUCCGUUUCGAUGAGGCUGGUGGUAACGAGACACUGGAUGUCGAAGUAUUCGUGGCCCACAGACUGGAGUGCAACACCCAGACGCUGAUAUACCGAGGCACGGAGAAAACCGUAGGGAAGACCAUCAAGACAAGGCAAGACAGACAUCAUCAAAGCAAACACAUUUUGUUUACCUCAAGGUCGAUUUGUUUCCCUGCUUGCAGUGCUUGCAGCUGUUCCUUGAUGUCGCUGAUGGUCUUUUUGCAAUUCUCCAUGCUCUUGACUGGGAGCUUGUCGGUGUGCUAACAGAGACACGGUACAGACGCUGCUUGGCUGGCGAUUCACCAAAAUCCGUGUGAGCCUUACCCUUUGCUGCAUGGUCUUUCUCAGGUCCUCCUCUGCCUGCUGGCUCUCCAGUGUGAGAUGCUUCUUCCAGCUCUCGACCCUCUCGUGAAAGGGGUUCCUGAUCAGCCAACAACCAGCCGGUCGGCCCGUAGUAUAAUGUCUCCGCUCGUUUCAAUUUGGCCCCUGACAUACCAGUAGUGGAAGAAGGAUGUCUCUGCCUGCUUCAGAAGCCGCACAUCAUGGUCCGCCUCGACAGUUAUGCCUCUGAGUGACUCGAUCACACGCCGACAGCUUGAUCGGAUGUCGGUCUCAUCAAUCCUCUGCUGGCCACCGAGAUUCGCGUCACACUUUGUCAGCAGCUCUUCAAGCUAAGAAAGGACAGGGCGAGGAGGAUCACGCGUAUUAGCUUGCUUGUCAUUCUGCGCACCUUAUCCUUCGCCUGGGCUUCUCUAUGUGUCUCUGCUUGUGUCUCGCCCUUGAUUCGGUUUUCUUCCACAUUCAACUCCUCGAGCGCCUUGGCCUCCUGACAGCCAACAACGGCUGUACAUGCAUUGCUUCAUCAUUUCCUUUUACCGGGAGCUCACUUUGUCCUUCUUGCUUUUUAGUCUCUCCUCCAGCUGUCGAGAGGUCAUGUCCAGAUGGUGUUUCAUAGUCAAGUGGGCCUGCUCCUCAGCAGCUUUCUUCUGACGCAUCUCGCUCAGGGCUCGCUCAAGCCGCUGACGACCAAAGCUGAAGGCAAUGACCACAGAGACUACACGUUUUUCUCGUCGCUGAGAGGCAUUGUCGUUCACCGGAUGUCUUGUGUCUUUCUUUCUGUCUCCUGUAUGCCCCUCUGUACGGCCAGCAUUUCAUCCCUGAGACGGGAUUCGUGCGCAGCAAGCGCAGUGGUCUCCUCGUCAGUCUGCAGCCAAUCGUACAGAGGGCACUUCCCGCAAUCUCUUGUCGCAUUUCACCUUCUUGCUGGCCUCUUCGAGUUGUGUGGAGAGCUCGGCACCCGCUUCCUGUGCGUGUCGGAGACCCACAUUGUCGUGCCAGUGAAAGGAUUUCACACUCUGACCUCUUUGCGCUUGAUGUCUUCCUUUGCUUGCUGCAGUGCCUGCUGGGCUGCCUGUAUGUUGGCCUCAAUGGCCGCCGUCUCGUCACUCAUCCUCUCGAUCUCCUGCUGUAGUCGGGCCUCCUGUGCGCUGUCCGCCUGAUCCGACACCUGGGACUCCUGCCGACACUGACAGGAAUCAGCAGAUGACACAUCCUUCUUUGGACGUCGGCAUCAGUCUCUCUUACUUGAUCGAUGAGAGUCUGCAGUUGCUGCACACGUUCCUCCAUUGAUGCGAUCUCGUCUUCCUGGGUCUUGACUUCCCUCUGCAUGGACGAGACGUCGGCUCUGUGCUGCUCGAGCUGCUUCUCAAGGGUCUGUGCCGCGUCCUGCUCCUCCUGAAAUUAUGAGAGGCACGAUCCGUGUGCAGACUGUAAUAACACGUCGCUGUUUCACCUUGACGUGGCCUCGUCUUUCAUCGAGCAUCUGUCGAAAGUCGUUCUGUUGCUUCUCACGGUCAUACAGAGCCUUUCUUUCCCUAGCAAAGGCCCUGAAUAAACACGCAUCCAAAACAUCCUGAGGGUCGCCAACCAGACAGGGCGUGUGCAAUUGGCGUACUCUUCCAUUUGUUGAAUGGCCUGUUGCAGCUGGGCCGCCUCCUGGAUGGCUCAAAAAAGCUGUUUAUCAUACGCCAGAAGACGCGGAUGUCACAUCAGUGCGUCUCACCUGCUCGCAACUGGCUUGCCGCUGCUGUGAAGUCGACUGCGUGGCAGCAAUCUGGACCACAAUCGUACACUCCAUUAAUUGCUUUGUGUCUCACAUCUUUCGUACUUUCUGGUCAGAUUCUGACGCCCGUUGGGCCAGCAACGCAAUGCGAUCACGCAACUCCUGCACACACGUGUACACCGCAUACACUCAAUCCCUCAAUCGGCGGCAUUGGACAUUUCACUCACCGCAACUUGCUUUUCGUGCAGCGCUCGCGCUUGCUGCUGCUCUUUGACCUCAGAUUCACGAUGCUGAACAGGGAGACAUUAAAGGGACGCAGUGAAGGAGCAAGCUGGCCGACGGUCUCGGUGCAGUGUGCGCUGUGCUGACCCUGAUGUUUGACUGUGUCUGCUCCAGCUCUGCGAGCAACGCUUGCUGGUCGUUCCGGACGAGAGCAGCCUGAUGAAUAGAGACACAGCAGCAAUCCAAAUAGGGUAGAAAUGUUUCUGCUCUGCUCACCUCCUCCUCUUGUUUCUUGGCUUGUUCCUCCAGCAGUUGGGCCUCUCGGUUCCUCUCAUCCAGUGCCUGUGUGGUGCGGCUGAGCUCCUGCUCGAUCUCCUGGAACCUGCUGCCAUCCUCCAGCUGGGCCGACAUGUCCUUGAUGGACUGCUCGAGGGACGACUGCUCCUCCUGCCGGCUCCUCAGCUGCAGCUGGAGGGCCGUUGUGCUGCGCUGAUGGUCGUCCCACUGCUGUUGUCUGUAACGCAUGUCUACAAGGAGAGAAGAAGACGGGGAGACACUCUGAUGUGUGUCAGUUGAGGCAUAUCCCACCCAUGUGCUGACCGCGGUUGGUGUCUUCCAAUUCUCUUGACUUCUCUUCUUCUUCCUUCUGCACACUGGUUGCCCUCUGCUGAGUAUCUGCUAUCUCCUCUUGGAUGGUCUGCAGCUUCUGACGCGUCGACUGCACACCGCAAUCAGGUAAAUCACAGACAGGUGCAUUUCUUGUCUGUUGUGUGUCUCUAACCAGAAGCUGGAUCCUAUUGGUGGCGGCUGUGUGUUUGAGGCUGCUGGUCGACUGCCCCAGCUCGUCUUCCUUCUGCUUUCGCUGGUUGUCGAGCUCAGCCAUCUUUCUGCACGCACCCACACGCCCUGUACGUGAUCACUGCUAGAGGAUAGAACAAAACGAGUACAGUACCUCUGCGUCGCUGCGAUGGACUUUUUUAUUUCUUCGCAUGCUACCCUUGAAUCGUUGUACUGCCUCUCAGCCUGCAGCGACACAAGUACCACCAGCAGACCUAUGUCAACCUGGGGUCUGCAAUGUGCCCACCUCGUCCAGCUGUUCAUGCAGCUCGUCUGCCUCGAUUGUCUGCGCGUGGCGGGCCUCGGCAUAGCGCACCUCUCCCUCGAGUGUUUGGACCUCGGCCUCAAGCUCACCCAGUUGCUGGUUUCAAACAUGUGUGAAGAGAAAAUUGUGUGCCUGCCUUCAUUUUCCCGUGUCAUUGGUGUCCGCUGACUUGAUCUUCGUCAUCCUCUUCCUUGCGGAGCACGUCAAGCCGCAUCCUGUGGGGAAGCAUAGCAUGCAUCGACGCACACAUUUUGUCACGUGCCACCCAUGUGCGUGAUCCUCACACGACGUUUUGCGCCUUGUCGACGUUCGGGUCAGCACCCAAGGCGGUAGACGACCGAGACACAUCCAGAUCUGCACAUACAGCAUCCAGGGGAGGGAGAGGUCUCAUGAAAUGACUUCUGAGCCUGUCAUUUCCAUUUGCUGACUUGCAAUCGCAUUCCCGUCUUUGUCCACCUUCAUCCACUUGCCGCUCGAACGACCAAGCUGACACACCAGGAAAAAAGGGGGAAGAUAAACGCCGGGAACCACCAAUGUCAGGCGCGUGUGUGGACUCACCUCCGUACUGGAUUUUGAGACGCCCAUAGCGAGCGACUGAAUCUCACGGAAGAUUUUCUAAAAUGCAGAAAGCAGGCAGAGGAGGAUAAACAGGGUAGCGGUCGAUGGAGUGUCCCUCCGUCAGUAGUUUGCCUCUGUGCGCUGUUUGUCGUCUCGAACGCGCGUCAGCUUCCGCGCCAGCUGAAUGCUCUCGCUGGAAAUCAGCAAACAAAAAGAACCGGUACCGAUACCAAUAUGAUGCCAUCGAUAUGAGUGUCAUCAUGCCCUGUACGCGGAUGCGUUUUCCAUCUUUUCGAGGUUCGAUGCUCGAGUCUUGUCCAGUGCUGUCGCCUCGGCGCGAAGCUCCUCCACCUGAGGUGGACACACGACAACCGGGCCAUUCGGCACAUGUGAAAGAUAUCCGACUUCACGAGCACCUGUCGGUAGAUUUCCAUCGGGUCCUCCGACGUCAGGUCCUCGGUAUCUGAAGACAGAUACGAGGACACACCUAUGGCGUGAUGACAAAUAAGUGGCCUCAUACGUUGAACGCCUGACCAGCAGAUGAAGGCCCAGCGCUCAGUGGCGGAGACACGGGGGCAUACAUGCCGCCGGUGGGCGGCCGAAGCGGCUCCAUACUGAAGAAACAAUGCCAUCAUAUAGAUGUGUGUGUACAGAUAGCCCUUCCAUGUCUCCUCACAUCAGCUGACCUCCGUCUUUCGGUGCGAUCAAAUGUGUCCCUCAUCGAGGCAACCGAUGGAGGCCUCUCCUCAGCCCGCACGACCGCGACCUCACCCUGCCUUCCAAUUGACACCCUCUCUGCCCUCGGGGGGCGGCCAUGCGUGAAGCGCUGGCUCUGCAAGAGCGGGUCGGCUGGCACUGGCGCUGGUGCAGGGACGUGGACAGGCCGUGUUCCAGUACGCUUGAGGAUCAUGUGCAAACACGGAGCCUGCAACAAGAACGUACACACUCCAUGCAUUGAUUGCAUGGCUGGCCAUCUUUCGAGUACCGCCAUGUUAGCCUGGUCAGUGUCGAAGCAAUUGACGAAGCGCAUGGGUGCGUUGAGGCUGCCUGCCAACUCACGCGGCUGAUAGAGGUUGAUCCAGUUGUGCAACUCGACGUCAUCAUGGGCGUCCAGGUUGUGCAGGGGCACAUUGCGGCAGUACAGCAGCGGUGCUCUGAAGCGCUGCCUCUCGGCGGGCGUCAGGAGAACAGGUCCUGCAAUGGGACGACUGAGGUCGGCCAAACACGCCUUGCUAUAGACGCCGAUUCGGAGGUACUGCCCCUCCUCUCGUCUGUCAGGGACGAUGGCGAAGAACCCUCGCGGGAGUUGGAAUAUGGCGAUGUUUGGGAAGAUGACCAGGGAGGGGCAGAGGAUGGCCUGGUCCAAGACAUCGAGGCGGAGGCACAAACUGUGGGGGUUUGUGAAGUGGACCUGGUUGUUCACCGUAAUCGUCACGGAAGCACUGGCAUCCAUU